AGAAAAAAUAUAAAAUUCUUAUUGAAAAAAAUUAUGGCUAAAGCGACGACAUGUAAAGAAGCCAUUCAAAAAUGGGAAGAAAAAACAGGACUGGCUGCUGGCAAGCAAAAAGAGAUAAUUUUAUCUUUUCAGUGGCCUCCGAUUGAGAGAAUGGAUAAUAAUUUGGCAGCGUUGAUCAACGUCGAAAAAUUAUCAUUGUCAACGAAUAUGAUAGAAAAGAUCAGCGGUAUUCAUUCAUUGAGAUAUUUGAGGAUCUUGUCUGUGAGCAGGAACAAUAUAAAAACAUUUUCUGGAUUAGAGGCUAUUGGAGAUCAUUUAGAAGAAUUAUGGAUAUCCUAUAACUUGAUCGAAAAAAUCAAAGGUGUCAACGUUCUCAAAGCGCUGAAAGUCUUAUAUAUGAGUAACAAUCUGGUAAAAGAUUGGGCGGAAUUUAAUCGUUUGCUGGAAAUACCUAAUCUUCAGGAUUUGUUAUUCAUUAACAAUCCUUUAUGCGAGCACAUGGAUGUAGAAUCAUGGCGUGCGCAAGUUACAAAGCGACUGCCUAACUUGAAAAAACUCGACGCAAUACCAAUCGUGCAAGCUGUUGAAGAUUAAACGAUUAAAGUGGAAAACAUUAAAUAAA